CCACCACAGGAGGCAUUCGAUUGAGACGUCAAGCAGGAUGGCUCUCGCUGUGACCAUGAUCCUCUCCACAGUGCUGCUGCUGGUUCCAGCGCUCCUGGUUCAGCCAGAAUCUAGCGGGUGGUCGCCAAUCCUGUUGUCAGUGCGGAACGCUAUAGACCAGAAAGCUCCACUGAGCUUCAGAGGAUCUGUGCCCUACAGGGGCUCUCUUCUUGGGGCGAUGUGGAGAAUACAACAAGCCAACUCUAAUUUCAGCUUUGAGACCAGGGAUGACAUCAACUACGGCCCCUACCUGGUGAGUGUGAACGGAGUGGCUGGGAACGACACGGCCCACACGUACUGGCAGCUGCUGAGGUACCCCAAGACGCCUCUGGACAGGGGAGUUGGGUGCUACAUUCCAAAGCCAAACGAGCACAUCAUCCUGAACUUCACAACCUGGGACAAUCUAAAACGACACUAAACUAAUUGGGAGGCUGAAUGUUCCCUACGUUCCUACUGUGAAACUGACUCAAGUCAGACAGAAGAAUUUCCUCACAAGGUCUUCCCAGCUGUCCUGCUCUAGUAAUAAAUCUCUGACUAUUCUUUACAAUUUUGCUCAAAAUCUGAACAUGUCUAGAAAUCCAAAUAAACUCUGGUGUGAUUAAAACUCA